AACGAAAAGUAGAGCAAUAUAAAGCGCAAUCUGAGGAUCCUAUGGAUGAUGUUGAAGUACAGUUGGUUUUAAUAGUUCUGCUGACAAAAAUACAGAAGGAGGAAUCACUUGAAGCGUCCAUUUGCUAUCUACGUGGGGUUGCGUACUCUCAACAGUCAGACUUAGAUAACGCUAAAAAAUGGUUUAAAAAAGCGUUGGAAAUAGAUGUUAAAUGUUUUGAGGCGUUUAACGAACUAGUGAUAAAUCACAUGAUGACAAGUAAGGAAGAAUGGGACUUUGUUCAUUCACUGAAAUUUGACGAACAACUAGAAUAUGAAGAGGCCUAUUUUGUCAAAAUGAAUUACAUCUCAAUGCUGAAAAAG